CUGCAUUUUCUUUCCAAAAGUUGGAUCAAAAACUUGAACGUCUGCCUUUAUAUAUACCCGCCUCACCACCUCCUCCUCAUUUUCUCCCACUAUAUUUGACGUGGUUCGCCAUGCCUACCAUUCGCACGUCCACCGCGGUGCCACCUCCGUCUCCGAUACCCACCGCCACUGGAUCGCGCUCUGCAGCCAACGAGACCUUCAUCGAAUACCUCGAAAGCUCGCUGCAACCUCCGCACCUGGCGUUGCCGUCGAGCACACGUCAUCCGGUUCCGGUGGAAAUCGAUGUCCGAUCGCUCGCGUCGAGAGGCUGCGAGUCCGUCGAUCGGCUACUGAGGUCGGCCAGGGAGUAUGGUGCAUGUCGGAUCAGCGGCCACGGGAUACCUGGCGAGGAGUUACGGUCGUUCGUGGAAGCGGCCACGGGUGUGUUCCGAAAUUCGGAUUUCGUGGAGCGCAAGGGUAAUCGGGACGAGAUUGUUUGGGCUCUUUCUCCGGAAUCGGAGGGAAAAUUUAUCAAUCGCAAUUUCAGUCAAAUUAUGGAGAAUGUUGCAAGAAAACUUGAUGCAGUAGCUAAACAGUUGAUUCAAGUUCUCAUAGAAAAUGCGGAUAAUAAGAAGUUUUGGAAGGUUAUGCAAGAGAAAGAAACUGUUGUUACCUUGUACAGAUACCAUCACAACAAAGAUCUCCUUAGGGAAGAAAAUCCACCGUUGCCAAAUGAUCAGCGAAGCGACAAAUCAUUUGGUCAUGCUCUAAGCUUCCACCUUCAUAUCGAGCAUUGUCAAUUUCAUGUUCAAUCGAAGAGAGGUCUUUUGUCUUUUGAAGAAGGCCCGGACACCAUAGCUAUUACUGUUGGAAAACAGCUAGAGGAAUGGAGCUUGGGAGAAUUCAAAUGCGUUUCUGGAGAAUCGAUCAUUGAUCAACCAGAUGUUCAAGCUUCCCAAGCCUCUUACUCCCUAGAGCUCAAGUAUAUAUCUUCUAGUAUAAAUUACAAUUUUAACAACAUGAGGAGUAAGACAAUUUCCUUACUUGACCAGGUGCUACUUGCACUCAUCGUUACAUUUCUAUACAAAGUUUGUAUCUUUUUAUUGACUUGAUUUACACAAACAUAAGUGCAUCCCCCAUUAAAACCUCAUACACAUUACACAACAUCAUAAUGCUCUUAAUUAUUUCUUGAUAUGAUCUUUAGAGUUCAAGGAUUUUUCCUUUUUUGUUUUUCUUGGAUAAUUAUUUUUCCCUUUAUACGUGGGUCCUCUUGCUGUAUACUUUAUGAGAUUGAAGGUUCUGGAUUUGAGUCAUAAGUUGGUUUAUUUUAAUAUUAGUUAGAAUGUUAUUGUUUGGUGAAUUGUCAAUAUUGUUGUUUUAUUAAUA